AUGCGCCCCGCGCCGCUGCUCGGGCUCCUGCUCUGGGCGCCGCUGCUCUGGGCGCCGCCGGUGCGCGGCUUCCGCCACGGCGUCCACUGGAACGGCAGCAACCCCAGGUUCCUGCGGGACGAUUACUCCAUCCAGGUGGCCAUCAAUGACUACCUGGACAUCUACUGCCCGCACUACGAGGGGCCGGUGCCCGCCGGGCGGGCAGAGACCUUCACGCUCUUCAUGGUGGACCGGGAGGGUUACCGAGGCUGCUACGAGACCCCCGGCGCCUUCAAGCGCUGGGAGUGCAACCGGCCCCGGGCUCCCUUCGGGCCCGUCCGAUUCUCCGAGAAAAUCCAGCGCUUCACCCCCUUCUCACUCGGCUUCGAGUUCCAGCCGGGGGAGACCUACUAUUACAUCUCCGUGCCCAGCCCCGAGAGCGCCGGACGAUGCCUGAAGCUGCGCGUCACCGUCUGCUGCCGAGGCACCACGCCAGAGCCGGUGACGGAGGUGCCAAAUUCGCAGCCCCGAGGGCGUGGGGGCCCCGACGGUGAGUACGGGAGCGGGGCUGAUGUGGCUCCUGCCCGGGGCUCCGCGCUCCCAUCGCCGCCCUGCGGCCCGUGCCUGCCGCUCGUGCUCCUGGCCCUGCUCUGGAUCUGA